GGCGGCGUGGGGCAGUUCCGGUGCCGACGUGGAGGCCAGGCCGAGGAGGGCGUCGGGGCCGGGUCGCGAUGCUCACCAAGUUCGAGACCAAGUCGGCCCGGGUGAAAGGGCUCAGCUUUCACCCAAAGAGGCCCUGGAUCCUAACAAGUUUGCACAAUGGUGUGAUCCAGUUGUGGGAUUACCGGAUGUGCACCCUCAUUGACAAAUUUGAUGAGCACGAUGGACCUGUCCGUGGUAUUGAUUUCCACAAACAGCAACCUCUCUUUGUCUCUGGAGGUGAUGACUACAAAAUCAAGGUCUGGAAUUAUAAGCUACGCCGCUGCCUUUUCACCCUGCUGGGACACCUGGAUUACAUUCGUACCACCUUCUUCCACCAUGAAUACCCCUGGAUUCUGAGUGCGUCGGAUGAUCAAACCAUCCGGGUUUGGAACUGGCAAUCCAGAACCUGCGUAUGCGUGCUGACUGGACACAACCACUAUGUGAUGUGCGCCCAGUUCCACCCUUCGGAAGACCUGGUAGUGUCAGCCAGCUUGGAUCAGACUGUGCGCGUUUGGGAUAUUUCUGGCCUAAGGAAGAAGAACCUGUCCCCUGGAGCUGUGGAGUCGGAUGUCCGGGGAAUAACUGGCGUGGAUUUGUUUGGGACCACGGAUGCAGUUGUGAAGCAUGUUCUUGAGGGACAUGACCGCGGGGUGAACUGGGCUGCUUUCCACCCCACCAUGCCUCUCAUUGUGUCCGGGGCUGACGAUCGGCAGGUGAAGAUCUGGAGGAUGAAUGAAUCAAAGGCCUGGGAGGUCGACACUUGCCGGGGACAUUACAACAAUGUGUCAUGCGCAGUCUUUCACCCGCGGCAGGAACUGAUCCUUAGCAAUUCGGAAGAUAAGAGCAUUCGUGUCUGGGAUAUGUCGAAGCGCACUGGUGUCCAGACCUUCCGCCGAGAUCAUGAUCGCUUCUGGGUUUUGGCUGCUCACCCCAACCUCAACCUCUUUGCUGCAGGCCAUGAUGGUGGCAUGAUUGUGUUCAAACUGGAGCGUGAGCGGCCUGCCUAUGCUGUGCAUGGGAACGUGCUGUAUUACGUGAAGGACCGGUUCCUCCGUCAGCUCGACUUCAACAGCUCCAAGGAUGUUGCUGUCAUGCAGCUGCGAAGCGGUUCCAAGUUCCCGGUGUUCAACAUGUCAUACAACCCAGCGGAGAAUGCUGUCCUGCUCUGCACGAGAGCCAGCAACCUGGAGAACAGCACCUAUGACCUCUACACCAUCCCCAAGGAUGCAGACUCGCAGAACCCUGACGCCCCUGAAGGGAAGCGCUCCUCCGGGCUGACAGCUGUGUGGGUAGCUCGUAACCGCUUUGCAGUCCUGGAUCGCAUGCACUCGAUCCUAAUCAAGAACCUGAAGAACGAGAUCACCAAGAAGGUGCAGGUGCCAAACUGCGAUGAGAUUUUCUAUGCUGGCACUGGGAACCUGCUGCUAAGGGAUGCUGACUCCAUCACCCUGUUCGACGUGCAGCAGAAGCGAACUUUAGCCUCAGUGAAGAUCUCCAAGGUGAAGUAUGUUAUCUGGUCAGCUGACAUGUCCCACGUGGCUCUGCUGGCUAAGCAUGCCAUCAUGAUCUGCAACAGGAAGCUGGAGUCCCUGUGUAACAUUCAUGAAAAUAUCCGGGUCAAGAGCGGUGCCUGGGAUGAGAGUGGAGUCUUUAUCUAUACCACCAGCAACCACAUCAAAUACGCUGUUACCACUGGGGACCAUGGAAUCAUCCGCACCUUGGACCUGCCGAUCUACGUCACCCGCGUGAAGGGAAACAACGUGUACUGCCUGGACAGGGAGUGUCGGCCCAGGGUCCUGACCAUUGACCCCACUGAGUUCAAGUUCAAGCUGGCCCUGAUCAACAGGAAGUAUGAUGAGGUGUUGCACAUGGUGAGGAAUGCCAAGCUAGUGGGCCAGUCCAUCAUUGCCUACCUGCAGAAGAAGGGCUACCCAGAGGUGGCGUUGCAUUUUGUCAAGGAUGAAAAGACCCGCUUCAGCCUGGCCCUGGAGUGCGGCAACAUUGAGAUUGCCCUGGAAGCAGCCAAGGCUCUGGACGACAAGAACUGCUGGGAGAAGCUGGGCGAGGUAGCCUUGCUGCAGGGGAACCAUCAGAUCGUGGAAAUGUGCUACCAGCGCACCAAAAAUUUCGACCGGCUCUCCUUCCUCUAUCUCAUCACAGGCAACCUGGAGAAGCUCCGGAAGAUGAUGAAAAUUGCUGAGAUCCGUAAGGACAUGAGUGGCCACUACCAGAAUGCCCUGUACCUCGGAGACGUGGCAGAGAGAGUGAGGAUCCUGAAGAACUGUGGGCAGAAGUCCCUGGCCUACCUCACAGCUGCCACCCAUGGCUUGGACGAGGAAGCUGAGAGCCUGAAGGAGACAUUUGACCCUGAGAAGGAAACGAUCCCAGAUAUUGACCCCGACGCGCAGCUGCUCCAGCCUCCUGCUCCUGUCAUGCCUCUAGACACAAACUGGCCACUGCUUACUGUCUCCAAAGGAUUCUUUGAAGGAACAAUCGCAAGCAAAGGCAAAGGAGGUGCAAUGGCUGCUGACAUCGACAUUGACACAGUUGGCACUGAGGGCUGGGGGGAGGAUGCCGAGCUGCAGCUGGAUGAAGAUGGCUUUGUGGAUGCUGCGGAUGGCUUUGGAGAUGAAGCCGUCGGGAAAGGGCAGGAGGAAGGAGGUGGAUGGGAAGUCGAAGAGGAUUUGGACCUUCCCCCCGAAUUGGACGUCCCGGUUGGGCCAGCAGGAGGAGCAGAGGACGGGUUCUUCGUGCCACCCACCAAAGGCACCAGUCCGGCCCAGGUCUGGUGCAACAACUCACAGCUGCCUGUUGAUCAUGUCCUGGCUGGCUCGUUCGAGACGGCCAUGAGGCUCCUUCACGACCAGGUGGGAGUGACUAAUUUCGGCCCCUACAAGCAGCUGUUCCUGCAGACUUAUGCCCGGGGCCGCACCACCUACCAAGCCCUGCCUUGCCUCCCCUCCAUGUAUGGAUACCCGCAUCGCAACUGGAAGGAAGCUACCCUGAAGAACGCAGUCCCGGCAGUUGGCCUGAAGCUGAAUGACCUGAUCCAGCGCCUGCAGCUCUGCUACCAGCUCACCACCUCCGGCAAAUUCGAGGAGGCAGUGGAGAAGUUCCGGUCCAUCCUGCUGAGCGUGCCGCUGCUCGUGGUGGACAACAAGCAAGAGAUUGCCGAGGCCCAGCAGCUGAUUGCCAUCUGCCGGGAGUACAUCGUGGGGCUCUCCAUGGAGAUUGAGAGGAAGAAGCUCCCCAAGGAGACCUUGGAGCAGCAGAAGCGCAUCUGCGAGACGGCCGCCUACUUCACCCACUCCAACCUGCAGCCUGUGCACAUGAUCCUGGUGCUCCGCACUGCCCUCAACCUCUUCUUCAAGCUCAAGAACUUCAAGACAGCUGCCACCUUUGCUCGCCGCCUCCUGGAGCUGGGACCCAAGCCCGAGGUGGCCCAGCAGACUCGCAAGAUCCUGUCUGCCUGUGAGAAGAACCCCACCGACACCUACCAGCUCAACUAUGACAUGCACAACCCCUUCGACAUCUGCGCUGCCUCCUACCGGCCCAUCUACCGCGGCAAGCCCGUGGAGAAGUGCCCGCUCAGCGGGGCCUGCUACUACCCUGAGUACCAGGGCCAGAUCUGCCGUGUCACCACGGUCACAGAGAUCGGCAAAGAUGUCAUCGGGCUGCGCAUCAGUCCCCUGCAGUUCCGCUGAGGCCCUGUCCUGUGCUGGCUCGACAGGACCUUUAAUCAGAGGGAUGUGCGAGCUGAAACCUCCCCCUUGGCUCCUCCCUUCCUGCCAUGCCUGGAGCUCUCGCCUCUACUGUGAAUGUGCUGUUGUGUGUAAUGCCCGCUCUCCCUGCCCCACAGAGGACUGUCCUCACCAUGCUCCUCGCCCCAUUCCCACAGUGACUACCAUUAACCUGGGGUUCUUUUGCCUGGAGUGGCUGCAGCUGUGUUUGCCUGCAGGUAGCAGAAGAUUGCAGUGCCCUGUGGCCACAUGCCACAAGAGGCUGGGCAGCUUUAUUCUCACCCUGACGCACAGAGGUGCCACAUGAAAAUAGCUGGGGAGCUGGAAUCCCAAUGCCCCACUUGCUGCUGCUGCUUCUGUACAGCCUGUUCACGAGCCCAGCAAGAACCCUUUCUGCCUUGAGCAGAGGACCCAGGCAUUUCAUGACCAUCAGCAGGGGUUGCUCUCCUAAUGUCUUAAUUCCUGAUCAAAGGGGCACGUGGGUGUUGUGCGAAGGGAGCGAAAAUUGGCUCAGAAUCCCAGGGCUUCGGCUGUUCUGUCCUUCCCAGCUUCCCCCAGCCUUGUCUCCUCCUCACUGUAAUAAAGUAAAUUAACUA